AUGGCUUCUGAAGUUUCAAGCAUGCUACGGAAUCAAGUUGCUGAAAGGGCUUCCGCUAAGGAAGAAGCCAGCAUAUUACAGGCAGAACUAAAUUCAUGGACACGAAGAUUGGAGACAGAAAAGAAUGAGUUACAAUCAGUACUGGAAAAGGAGCUGGAUAGAAGAUCCAGUGAUUGGUCUCUAAAACUUGAGAAAUACCAAAUUGAACAACAUAGACUCCAUGAAAGGGCGAGGGAGCUUGCAGAGCAGAAUGUCUCUCUACAAAGGGAAGUCUCUUCAUUUAAUGAGAAGGAAGUAGAUAAUAGACUAAAGAUGUCAUUUUCGGAGAAACAACUUGAAGAUUUGUCUAAGAGAAUAGAGCAAGUGACAGAGGAGAAACAAAAUCUAAGGCAGCAGAUCACUCAGUUACAAGAGGAAUAUCGAGUAGCUCAAGACAAUAGAGAUUAUGCCCGGGAAAACUACCAGGAAAAGGUUAAAGAGCUUAAAUCAAAGACUUUGCUGACAACUGUGCUAAGGGAGAAGCUUUAUUCCGAGGAGAUGGACAUAAAGAAACUUUAG